GGUGGGGGGGAUCCUCCUCACACACAGCGGGGAAGUCCCAGCCCAGGCACUGAGUUCAUACUCAAAUGAGUUUAUAUGCUGAAAUACAGGCCUGUCUCACACUCAUCGUCAAACCAAGGAUACUCCCACCGCUUCUUCGUCUUCGCCAGUGUGAGCGUUAUCAGGGCCGAUGGGUGGAAGCUGCCCCGACGGUCAGUACUGGGAUUAUUUGGUCAAACAAUGUAUGCAGUGUCAUUUGGAAUGCCACAGACCAGAAACCAACGCCAAAUGCAUCAGUUACUGCGAGCCUGUACACUGUAAGGCUCUGCCGGGCCACUUCUACGAUAGUCUGCUGAAGAAAUGUAUGAGCUGCGCUGACGUUUGUGGCAGUCAUCCAGCGGAGUGCUCCCACCUCUGCCAGACUACGCCACCUCCUGCGACCACUCAAACGCUCCUGUUUGAAGUAACCACACGUGUGCCGCCUUCCAAAGACUCCACUCUCUUGCUCUACUCCCUGCUGGUGGUGUGCACGGUGCUGCUGUUUUCUAGCGUGUCUCUAACCCUGGCCGUCUUUCUGAGGGGAUCCAGGACCAAAACCUCCAACAAAGGACCCAAGGAAACCAGCCAGAACCAGAAGCGUGUGGUCCAGCCAGGCGUAGAAGGCGGCCUGCCGGGUGGCCACCUGGGGAAGACCACUAAAGAUGUGGUGACAAGUUCAAGUUGUCAUACUGACCGCGAGCCGUCAGAUGACUCCAGCCCUACAGAGACUUGCGUGUGCGCCCACUGUUUCCCUGACCUGAAAGCACUAGGCCCGGGUAAUGACAGGCCGCUGAGAGCACCCUUCUCUUUCUACCAGCAAGCUGUCUUUCCCAGAGCCCCGAUCCAGAAGGGAGGGCCUCUCUGGCCUGAGGAGAGCCUUCACAGCUGUGGAGUGGAGGUCCAGGAGGAAGCAGCAAUAAGAUGAGGUCACAGCCUCUGAAAUCGAAAUGUCUGACAGGAAAACCGGAAUGGAUAAACACGUCCACAACACACCAGAGAAGUUCAUCAGUAUACUGGGUUUGAUUGUUAAAUUGUGAAAACAUUAGCGUUUAAAAGGGGGAGCAUGCUGAUUUACGACCCCUGUCAAUAAACAGCAGAAAUGCAUCAGCAGCAAUUAGUAUAAAGAAUUUUUUUUUUUUUUUUUAUUAAACAAAACAAGGACAUCUUCGAAAAAUUCCAAAAGCUGCCAUUGGAUUGAUUCAUACUAAGCAUAAAAAAAAAAAUCUGUGUUCAACUCCCUGAUGAGGGCACGCUGAUAAAAUGUACAACAUAUCAGUGCAAGUUUUACAACAUCAUGUUGUAUUAUACAUAUCACAAGAAAUGUACUCACCAAUAAUCCCUGCUAAGCUCCUGACACACCAAGCGGAUUGUCUCCUGUUAAAAGUUCAACUUGAACAAAUCACAAAGACGACAACUGACAUUCGCUGACCACUGACGUGCAUGUACACUCUGCAACUGUGAAAGGAAAGAUCAAGAUAGUACAGAAGUCUAGUCUUAUAGUAUUCAUAAUAAUAAUACUGGAAACAAACAGAAAAAUCAUGGAACUAUAUAAACUUGGAAACCACUUUCAUGACACCGUGAAUGUAACUGAACUAUCACGUCAUAUGCAAAUUGAGAACAUGCUGUGAUGCCUGUAACAUACAUCUGAUAAAAAGUUGCCACUGUUAAGGUUAAGUUUUGCUCUUCAGCCCACAGUCUUGUGGGAGAAGAAAGGGGAGGUGGUGGUAAAAACAUGUGGGAAGUGGGUGAAGUCACUGCCUGAAUUAACAGAAGAACCAGUCACACAGCUCCGUCUCACCGACUGCCUCUGAUUGUACAGGUUACUAUCACACACACAUGCUCAACAACAGCCCAACAGCACUCGACUAACAAUAUAACAAUCUGUCAGAUCACGUUUUCAUGAGACGGAAAGCUACAGUCACAGGAAGACACUCCUUGUGUCUAAGUUUAUGACUCCCACUCAUUUGUUUGUUGAUUUUCCGUCAAAACAAGUGAAACUCACCAUGCAUGACCAUUACAGCAGACCUGGUUAUUCUGUAGGUUAGAGAGCAAAGCUUACAGUCCAAAGCAACAAGACGACAGUAAAGGCCAAACAACAUGCAACGUUUUACUCUCGAGCAACUUUAACUCAUGGUGGCAACAUAGUAAAGCCUCAGUGAUGCGCUUCGGUUCUCCUGAUAAUAAUCACUCGUGUCCUUUUUCGAUACAACCACUAGGAGUCGCCAAAGUCAGAAAAGGUUCUACGGAUUUCCUCUGUUGGGGCCUCGAGUGUGUAACCGCCAGAUGUGUAUGUGCAGGAACAGGCACAAAUAUGUAUGUGUAUGAAUUAUUUGUGUACAUGUGUAAGCUGAAUAUAACAAUAUGUCAUACUAUACUAUCAGUCAUGAAUAAAUAAGCAACACAAAGG